UGCUUGCGUGACAAGUGAAACAGUAGUUAAUAUAAAAUACUAACGCAUUAGUCCCUGCACAGUGGACUGCGCGCGUUGUACGGAACGUAACGAGCGAAAUGUCUAAAAUUGAAUUCACAGUGAACGGCCAGAAAUGUAUAGUGGAUGAGAGCACCCCUCGGGAUACGACACUGAAUGCAUAUUUACGCUAUGUGCUCUGUCUGCCUGGUACCAAGGCUAUGUGCCACGAGGGUGGCUGUGGGUCUUGCAUCGUGAAGGUCCGCGCGAGACGGAAUACCAGCGGCACUGUUGAAACUUUCCCUGUUAAUUCUUGCCUAGUGCUGAUAUUUUCCUGCAAUGGCUGGGAUAUCACCACUAUUGAAGGCGUGGGCAAUCGUUUGGAUGGCUACAGCGACGUUCAGAAACGAAUCGUUGCCUUUAACGGCUCCCAAUGUGGGUACUGCACGCCGGGAUGGGUUAUGCAACUGACUAGCUUAAUAGACAAAAAUCUCACGAUGUACGAAUUAGAACAGUCUUUCGGCAGCAACACCUGUAGAUGUACCGGGUUCAGACCUAUCUUAGAUACGAUCAAAUCUUUCGCCGUAGACGCGUCUCCAGAAAUAUGCCAAAAAGUCCGGGAUAUUGAGGAACUUAAUACCCCAUGUUCGAGGAACCCUAGGACCUGUCAGAGAAAGUGUUCAGAACAAAGCGAUGGCAGCGAUUGGAGUGUGGUUGCUGAUGUUAAAAAUGAGAACACCCUGAGCUUUCAUUUUGGCAAUUAUUCAUUCUAUAAAGUGUAUGACAGGCAGGCCAUCUUUGAAGUUCUUAAUAAACAUGGCGUUGAUUCUUAUAUGCUGGUCGAUGGAAAUACUGGGAAAGGUAUUGUGGAAACGUUUGAAUACCCCCGAGUUUUGAUAGACAUUAGUGAAGUGGCAUCCCUCAAGACGUACACUUUCGACCAGAACCUGGUACUUGGAGCCAACGUCUCCAUACAGGACUGCAUCACGAUAUUCAAGGAAGCUGCAGCUAAUAGGAGCGGUUUUGCAUACUUGGCCGAGUUCGUGAAACAUCUUAAUCUUGUUGCUCAUAUACCCGUAAGAAAGAUUGGUUCCAUAGCCGGCAAUUUGAUGUACAAGAGACAAAUACCGAAAUACAAGUCUGAUUUGUUCAUUCUUUUCGAGUGUGUUGGAGCCAAUGUUACAGUUUGUACAUCGAAUGGACGGACAAAAACGUUGACAAUAUUGGAAUUCAUAAAGUUCGACAUGCAAGGAGCGGUGAUGAUAAACGUGGAGCUGCCGCCGCUUAGCAGCUCUCACGUCUUCAGGAGUUAUAAGAUCAUGCCACGCAACCAAAAUGCUCUAGCUGUGGUAAACUCAGCUUACCUCCUUAAACUGGGCAGUAAGAAUGAAGUAGAAUCAGCUAGCAUAGUGUACGGGAACAUUGAUCCAUCCUUCGUACACGCCAAAAAGACCGAGAAGUAUUUAAUCGGAAAGUGUAUCUUUACUGAUGAAACCUUGCAAGGAGCUAUCAAGGUUCUGAAUAAGGAGCUGGUACCAGUGGAAAUAACUGGAGAGCCUCCAAAAGAGACGAGAAAGAAGUUAGCUCUGGGACUGUUUUACAAGUUCGUCUUAAGCAUAGCUCCAGCCGGCAAAGCUCUUUCCAAAUACGCUUCUGGAGGGGCACUGCUCCAAAGACCAGUGUCUUCAGGCAAAGAAGACUACCAGACAGACUCCAGUCUAUUCCCGUUGAACAAGCCAGUGGAUAAGUUGGAAGGCCAGAUCCAAGCCGGUGGUGAGGCGAGGUUUGUGAAUGACAUGCCUGCUCAGCCAGGACAGGUGUUUGGUGCUUUCGUCCUGUCUACAAUACAUGGAGGAGAAGUGGACACCAUAGAUGUGGAGGCUGCUAUGGCACUCGACGGUGUUGUAGCCCUAUUAACAGCUAAGGACAUUCCCGGCGUAAAUUCCUUUGGAUUCCCAGGAAUUCAACUGCAAACUGACGAAGAAGAGAUUUUAGCCACUAAAAUCAAAUUCUGUGGUCAACCCAUAGCGGUAAUCGUAGCUAAGAGUGAAGAACAGGCUGAGAGAGCUGCUAAAAAAGUUAAAGUAACUUAUAAAAAUGUUAGCACGGCUGCUCCUGUGUUAACCAUUGAUGAAGCGAAGAAAGAUAGUUCGCGAUACGUAGGAGGAGGACCAACUAUAGAUCCUACAGGAAAAGGCACUAAUGUAAAGAAGAUUAUAAAAGGAGUUUAUGAGAUUGAGUCUCAGUAUCAUUACUAUUUGGAGCCCAUUUCGUGUGUAGUUGUGCCCGUUGACAAGACGUUGGAGGUCUAUGAUUCGACCCAAUGGAUGGAUUUGACGCAAAUUGCUGUUGCGAGGUCUUUGGGGAUCAGUGAAAGCGAAGUCAUAGUUAAAGUUCGUCGUGUUGGCGGCGGGUUCGGAGGCAAGAUCAGUCGUAACGUGCAGGCAGCUGCAGCCUGUGCCCUGGUGGCCAAGAAACUGGACAGACCCUGCAGGUUUAUACUGCCGCUACAGACUAACAUGAUGAUCGCUGGGAAGAGAUUGCCUUGUCAGUGUGAAUAUGAGGUCGGUGUAGAUGACGACGGUAAGAUCCAAUACUUAGAUGCAACAAUAGUGGAAGACAAUGGAUCUUCCAACAAUGAGAACAUUCUAGACUUCACCGUCAGCGGCUUCCCGAACUGCUACAACACUGAGUACUGGUCGCUGAAGACUGCAACUGUUCUUACUGAUACUCCUUCUAAUACUUUUGCUAGAGCUCCAGGUACUUGCGAGGGAAUUUCAAGCAUUGAACACAUAAUGCAGCACAUUGCAUUCGCCGUUCAGAAGGAUCCUACCGCAGUCCGCAAAGCCAACAUGAGGACUGAGGACAAUGACCUUCCAGAACUUAUUGAGACCCUCAAGACCGACUCCAACUACGACAGCCGAGUCAAAGAGAUCGAACAGUUCAAUAAAGCCAACAGAUGGUUUAAAAAAUCUAUUUCUAUCAAUGUCAUGUGUUUCCCCGUAGUCUAUUACGGGAACUACUCAGCUCUCGUCUCCAUCUACAGAGGUGAUGGCACUGUUACGGUGUCUAUAGGAGGCAUAGAAAUGGGACAAGGUAUCAACACAAAAGCAGCCCAAGUUUGCGCUUACGAACUUGGAGUGCCUUUGGAAUAUGUCAAGAUAAUUCCACAUUACUCCUUCGUGGCUGCGAAUAACGUGUUCUCUGGAUCGAGUAUUACUACUGAAAGUUGUUGUUACUCUAUUACUCGGGCUUGUGAAUCUUUGAAGGAGCGAUUGGCUCCGAUAAGGGCAAAGAACCCAGAUGCGACAUGGAAGGAGAUUAUCAAGUUAGCAGGCGAUGAACAAGUGGAGUUGACAUCCUUGUUCAUGAUGAAGGAUACUGACGAAAAGCUGAAGGGGUACAGUGCAUUUGCUGUGGCGAUUAUUGAGACAAAACUUGACAUUUUGACUGGACAGAUGCAAAUAGUUCGCUCGGAUAUAUUGGAAGAUGUUGGUGUUAGUGCCAAUCCCAAGUUGGAUGUAGGACAGGUGCAAGGAGCGUACAUGCAAGGCAUAGGCUACUUUACCUGCGAGAAGCUGGUGUACAACAAGGCGACCGGCAGGCUGGAGACCAACCGUUCCCUGACCUACCACGUGCCACUAGCGCUGGACAUCCCCGUGGAGUAUAACGUCAAGCUGCGGUACAACCAUAAGAAUCCUAAUGGAGUUCUUGGAUCGAAGACUUGUGGAGAAAUGGGUAUCUGCACAUCCCACGGUGUGACACACGCGCUUCGACAAUGCAUCAUGGAAUCCCGCAAGGACUCUGGCUACGAUCCCACUGAAUGGAUCACGAUACCUGUGCCAUAUGAUACAGAAGCAAUUUUGAAGGCAUUGGAUGUGAAGCUGGAUGAAUUCCUCCUCACUAAGUAGACGUGGGUAGGUACCAAGGUCUUUUUACCUGCAUAUUUUUAUAAAACUUUUUUUUGUGAUACGAUGAAGAGCGAUUUAGAGAAUAAAUCCCUUCCUGUUAUUUCUUUUUUUUUGUUUUUUAGUUAAGUUUGCUACUACAUUACUUAUUUUAUUUUUUAUCAAAAUUAUUUUGUUUUCUGUUUACAAUUAAUUUCAAUUUCAAUAUUUUUCAAUUUUGCUUUUAAUUUUUGACAUACGUUGUAAUCAACAUUUCCGAAUAAAAUACGUGUUUGUG